AUGGUGGGAUAGUAUUAUAAUUGUUAAAAAGUGGAAUAGUCGUUAAUCUUAUUUUGUGAAUUCCAAUAAAGGAGCCAAAGUAUAGAAUAUUUCAAACGCUCUCUUAAUUAAGAGUAACUUUAAGUCAAUUAAUAAGAUAUAUACCUGCUGCCUUACAGUAAUACAUCUAUGUAAGUAUGCGUAUAAAAUUAGGUAGAUUAAGAAAAAUGGAGUUCUGAAUUAAGAAUAUUAACAAUAAUGUUCAUAAAUUUGAGUAUUGAUUUGUCAGCAGCACUCACUUCUAAUGGGUUAAGUCAUAUUUAAUAAGUUGUAGAAACUGUAUAAAAAUCAAUAUAUGCAUUCUAAGGAUCUCUCAAUAAAAUCUUAAUGGAUGAUAAGGGAUCAACAUUAAUUGUAGUCUUUGGUCUACCUCCUAUGGCUAAAUAGGAUGAUCCUGCUAGAGCGGUGAUGACUGCUAUUACAAUGAAAUAGGAAUUAAAUGCUAUCAAUUGUGGAUGUAAAAUUGGCAUUUCGACUGGAUGCACUUUCGCUGGUGUAGUUGGAACAAGUGGUUCUAGAAGAGAAUACUCUGUAAUUGGAGAUGCCGUUAAUCUGGCAGCUAGACUUAUGCAAAUUGCUUGUAAAGAUGAUUAACAUUCCAUUUUGCUUGACGUUGAAACAUCAAAAGAAGCUUCAUAUAAAAUGAACAUCUCAUACUACAAAUCCGUUUUGGUCAAAGGAAAAGCAGAUAAGGUCAAUAUUUAUUACCCAGAGGCCAAUUUGGAAUUGAAUAAAAUUAGAAUUCAUAAUCCUUUCUUUCCAAGACUUCUCGAUAAUUAUUUAUUCGAUAUUAGCAAUUUAAGAAUAAUCUAAAGAAGAAUUCAAUAGUUUCAACUUCAAAAUGAAUCAAAUGUAGUGUUGAAAAUCUCUGGAAAUUAAGGGUCAGGAAAGUCAUAUUCUGUUAAAUACUCAAUAGAUUUCUUUUAGGAGAGUUUUAAUUUUAUAUAAAUUAGAUUAUGUUCCUUUUUAUAGAAAGAACAACAAUAUUUGUAUGCUAUUAAAAUUAUAUUCUAACAUUUUCUAAAGAAGAUAGGCAUCUAACUAAAUAAAUAAUAUGAUGUUUAAUUAUUCAAGCAAAUAUUUGACGAAUAAGAUCAACUAUUACAACUCUUUGAUUUUGAACCCGUUAGUUAGAUCUAACUAUUUGAUAAGGACUUAAAAAAUAAAAAUGAUUCCUUAGAAACCCUAGACAUUCAAAUGAUCAAAGAAAAUAUAGACUUGUUAUUCAAGAAGUUUUAAUCGAUCACUAACUAUCAUAAAUUAAUUUUCGUUUUAGAUGAUGGUCAUAACAUCGAUGAAGAUUCUCUAAAAAUCAUUAGACAUCUCAUGAAACACAAUUAAUUCAUUUUGCUCAUCUUCAUUUUCAGAUAUGAGUACAUUGAGUAAUUCUAAUUUCAUGAAUAACAUCAAAAUCAAAUUCAAAUGAUUGAAGAUGAAUUAGAUUCAAUAACAUCUAAAUUAAAUGAUAUCAGUAAUUUUGAGCAUCUCAAUUUCAAAAAUAUAUCAUUAAAUGACUAUUAAGUAUUGUUAUCUGAUUUAUUUCAUAUCAAUAAGAUUAGGUGUUUAAAGAACUAAGAGCAGUCUAAUACUCAAGAUAAAAAUAUUUUGCAUUAUGAAUACAUUAAAUCUUAAUUAAUGUAAUCUAAUACUUAAGAAUUUUUUUUACAAACCAUCUAUAGAAAAACAUAAGGAAAUCCACUGACCUUCAUAACAAUAAUUGAAAAAUUAUUGAAGUGCAAUUAUAUGGUUGUAGAUAAUUAACAAUAGGAUGUAGUUAUAAUAAAUGAUUCACUUUAAAAUAUACUAAAUCUGGAUGAAUUUGUCAUUUUAGAAUCUCCCUUGAAUAAAUUCAGACUUAAUUCACCCUAUUUGGAUAAGGUAGGAUGUUUAGAGUUAUUGAUACUUAAAGUGGCAUCAAUAAUUGGAGACAUAUUUGAUGUAUAAACCCUUAAUAAAAUAUAACCAUUCAAAGAAGUCAUUUAAAAAGAAAAUUUGAUUAAGAUUCUAAAUAGCUUAGAAGAAUUGGAAAUCAUAGAAACCAUGGAACUUAAUGAUUUGAAUAAAUAUUACAGAUUUGCUAAGCCAUUUCUUAGAGAAAUUAUAUAUUAGCGAUUGCUAUUCUCAUAAAGGAGAGAACUACAUAAAUAUUACGCGCAAGCAUUAUAAGAAAUUCCAUCCUAAUUUGAAAUUGAUGAAAAAUUGGAAGCUUAGAGAUUGGAACAUAAUUGGAUCCUGGCUGAAUAAAGGUGGAAUAGUUAAUCAAAUCUGAAACCAAGAGGAUUAGAAUUAUCGCAUAAAGCUAAAAGAUCUAUCAUAAUUAAAUCAAUUCAAACUAAAUUAAUAGCUAAAACUAAUAAUAUUAAACUUGGUUUAUUGAAAAAGAAAUCAGAUAAGAAUGUCACUUGGGCAGAAAGAUAUUGUCUGAUGACACAAAAAGAAUUAAAAUAUUACUAUAGUGAAUCAGACUAUCAUCGAUAACCAUAGAAUGCCUUAGCAACUAUUAUUCUCAGUAGUAUUUAUUAGAUAGUUCCACUUAAUGACAAAGAGAAAGUUAAUUAAAAGUAUGCCUUUGAAAUUAGAACAGGAAAUUGGUUUAAAAGAUAAAAACUAAUGCCAAGAAGAGACUUCUAUUUCUCAGCAACAAGUGAAGAAUUAAUGGAAGAAUGGACUAUUUAUAUAGAAUUUAUGAGAGUCAAAGCUACUUAUGAUGAAUUUGUUAAUAAUUUUGGGAAAAUCUAAUUUCCAAUUGCAAACUUUAAAGAAUUCUAUGAUAUGAGUUUAGGAGCUGAAAUGAAUAAUUAUUAACAAAAGUAAACAUAAAAUAAGAAUAAUAAAUCUAGUAUCAUUCAAACCUAAAAAAGAAAUACUGUGCUAUCUAUCAAUAGUUUUUUUAGAUAAUCUAUUGUUGAGAAGAAAUAGAAAUAAAAUAAAGAAGAACUUAAAAUAUUAAUAUCUAAGUUUUUCAAUAAAAGUUAAUUAUUGCUAUUCACACAUAUAUUCGAAAAUUCAAUUUCAAGUAGAAUCCCUGUUAUAAUUGGUUAAAACACAAAAGCCAUGUUAAAAUUUGGAUAAUUCUUUGUUAAAACUGUUUCAGAAUAUUCAUAAUAGUAAUAACAAGAAAAUGAAACAAUUUAAACUGAAGAAUCUCCACAAACAAGACCGAGAGCAAGUUUGAACAUUUCAGAAUAAAUAAUAUUAGAAAGUUAAGCUGAAUCUAUAUAAGGAACCCUUAGAAAUACAAAAAGGAAAUAAACUGCUGAAUAGUUUUAUAAUAAGAGAUCUAAGAGCUCAGAAUUUCUUAUUUAAUUUAAUGAAAAUUCCAAUUUGGAAUAAUAAUAACAAAGUUGA